AGUCGCCGAGCCCAAUGACACACAUACUCAACGGAGUGCACAUCAAAAAGGUCACAACUUACAAACUGUUACGCGAACCAGUCUCGGCAAUAUUCUAUUCAUAACAUUAUAAAUAAUUUUAGCAACAACGCGUCUCUACUACAAUAUCGACUGUCAUUAUGUUCGAUAAAACCUUUAUCGAACAUAACACAUCUUGACCUUAGCGUUAAAUAUAUAACCAGUGCGUUUUGUGCUGUCGCGUGAGCAAGAACUGAAUAGAAAAAGAAUACACGGUCUUUUUUUUUAAUUUCAAAAAUGAGGUUAUUCAUUUGUUUGGUAUUAUUAGGUUUUCUGUGGUGUGUGUCGUGUAAGAAUGUUAACUUCGGAAAUAAAACGUCGAGCUGUAAGAGACGAGACAAAGUGUUCUGCGAAGCUAUACCGUGGAAGAAGAGAGUGUACUAUUACGAGUACACCGGGCCGGACGAUCUCAUAAUAAAGGCGGUUUAUUGCUACGACUACCAGAACAGCGAGGCGUCAGUGAACCUGACGGAGGGCGGGCCCGGUUACAACUACGUAUCGUUGAGGAUGAAGAGUCAAAGAAGCUACCGUCUCGACUACACCAUCGAGAUAUACGACUGAUUGAUACACACGCGUUAUGGAUUCACAGGAUAAU